AUGGAAGCCUUUAGGCAGUAUACCCCUAUGGAUCCAGAGGCCCCCGAAAAUCAGGCUGCCGUUGUAAUGUCCUUCGUUAACCAGGCAGCCCCUGAUAUUAAAAAGAAACUCCAGAAGUUAGAAGAUCUGGAGGGCAAACAGAUACAGGACCUACUCCGUAUCGCCCAGCGCGUCUUUAAUAACCGAGACGCCCCAGAGGAUAAACAACUUAAAGCCACUGAGAAAAUGACUAAGGUCCUGGCCGCCAUUGUUCAGAAAGACCAAGAGGGCCCCCCAGCCACUCGACCUCCCAGGCGACCAUUGGACAGAGAUCAAUGUUCCUAUUGCAAGGAAAAGGGCCACUGGGCUCGGGAGUGCCCCAAGAAAAGGCAGCCGCGCCCCAACCAGGGGCAAUGGCAACCGAAGGCCACCCCAGUCCUGUUUACACAUGAUACAAAGUAGGGGGGACGGGGUUCAGACCCCCUCCCCAAACCCAGGGUAACCCUACGAGUGGAGGGGAAACCAGUCCAAUUCCUGGUGGAUACGGGGGCACAGCAUUCGGUCUUGGUUAAGCCCCACGGGCACAUUUCUAACAAAUCCUCCUGGGUCCAGGGAGCUACAGGAGUCAAACGUUACCUUUGGACCACUCAGAGAACUGUGGACUUGGGCACAGGAAGGGUAACCCAUACCUUUCUGGUCAUUCCCGAUAGCCCUUGCCCCUUACUGGGGAGACACUUACUCACUAAAAUGGGAGCACAAAUUCAUUUUCAGCCAGAGGGGCCAAUCGUAACAGACCCUCACGAUCAACCCAUAUCUGUGCUCACCCUGAACUUGGAAGAUGAGUACCGACUUCACCAGGAACCACCCUCCCAAAAUCAAGAUAUAGAGUCAUGGCUUCAGCAGUUCCCCGAAGCAUGGGCAGAAACAGGUGGGAUGGGACUAGCCAAACAUCGCCCAGCCCUAUUCAUAGAGAUCAAACCAGGAGCAGAUCCUGUACGUGUCCGACAGUAUCCCAUGCCCCUAGAGGCCAAAACUGGUAUCACUCCUCAUAUUCGCCGGCUUCUUGACCUGGGGAUACUGCAUCCCUGCCAGUCGGCCUGGAAUACACCCCUGCUGCCAGUCUGCAAACCUAACAGUAAAGACUACCGCCCAGUGCAGGACCUGAGGGAAGUUAACAGAUGGGUCAUAGACAUCCAUCCUACUGUGCCCAAUCCAUAUACUCUUUUGAGCGCCCUUAGUCCAGAAAAACAAUGGUAUACUGUGCUGGACCUCAAAGAUGCCUUUUUUAGUUUAUUACCCUUGGCGCCCAAAAGUCAAGAACUCUUUGCCUUCGAAUGGUCGGAUCCCGAGAGAGGCAUAAACGGACAACUCACCUGGACCAGACUUCCCCAAGGAUUCAAAAAUUUGCCCACCUUGUUUGAUGAGGCCCUACACGAGGAUCUCAGUGAGUACUGGAGACAAAACCCCAAUGUAACCCUCCUGCAAUAUGUUGAUGAUCUCUUAAUAGCUGCUGAAACCGCUGAAGCCUGCCUGCAGGGAACCAGAAACCUCCUACAGACUCUCAGCACCCUGGGAUACCGGGCCUCUGCCAAGAAAGCGCAGAUCUGCAGGCCUGAGGUAACUUACCUGGGGUACCUAUUGAAAGGGGGGCAACGAUGGCUCACAGAUGCACGGAAGGAAACCGUCCUCCGCAUCCCCAGACCCACCAUGCCUCGACAGGUGAGGGAAUUUUUGGGGUCAGCGGGGUUCUGCCGUUUAUGGAUACCCAAAUUUGCUGAAAUGGCCAAACCGCUAUACUUAGCCACCAAAGAGCAGACACCCUUUAAAUGAACAGAGGAGGCUGAGCAAUCAUUUCAGCAGAUCAAAACUGCCUUGCUAUCCGCACCCGCCCUGGGUCUCCCUGAUGUCUCCAAACCCUUCCACCUUGUGGAUGAAAGCAAAGGCAUAGCUAAGGCCGUGUUGACCCAGCCCCUCGGUCCUUGGCCCAGGCCUGUCACUUACCUAUCAAAGAAAUUGGACCCAGUGGCUGCCGGCUGGCCUCCUUGCCUCCGGAUGAUCGCCGCCACGGCCCUAAUGGUAAAGGAUGCUGACAAACUAACUAUGGGACAGGAGUUGCAUGUCACCACCCCCCACGCCAUCGACGGGGUUCUCAAACAGCCUCCCGACCGAUGGAUGAGCAAUGCUCGACUGGUCCACUACCAGGGUCUACUGUUAAAUCCCCUCAGAAUCAGCUACACUCCGCCGCGGGCAUUAAACCCUGCCUCCCUAUUACCUGACCCAGAUUUAGACUCCCCACUCCAUGACUGUGCAGAGGUACUGGCCCAGAUCCAUGGGGUUCGGGAAGACCUACGUGACCAGCCCCUACCGGAUGCACAAGUCAGAUGGUUCACUGACGGCAGCAGCUUUGUCCAGCAAGGUCAGAGGUAUGCGGGGGCAGCGGUAACAUCAGAGACUGAGGUGAUAUGGGCAGAGACUCUCCCCCCGGGGACCUCAGCCCAAAAAGCUGAAUUAAUUGCCCUGACCCAAGCUCUCAAGAUGAGCAAAGGCCAAAAAGCCACCAUAUAUACAGACAGCCGGUAUGCUUUCGCUACCGCACAUAUACAUGGGGCAAUAUACCGAGAGCGGGGACUACUCACAGCAGAGGGCAAAGACAUCAAGAACAAAGAGGAAAUCCUGGCCUUGCUAGCGGCCAUAGGGGAACCCAAAAAGCUAGCCAUUGUACACUGCCCGGGGCAUCAAAAACCCAUGAAUCCAGUCGCCUGAGGCAACAAUUUGGCAGACCAGACGGCUCGAAAGGCGGCACACACUCCAAUACCAUUACUUCCCCUGCAACUGCCGGAUCCAGGGCCCCGGGAACUACCGCCCCAACCCGACUACUCGGAGGAUGACAUCAGAUGGAUGAGCAAGCUCCCUCUAACCCAGGUUAGAGACGGAUGGUGGUGGGACGCUAAGAACAAUAUCCUCCUUCCUGAGAAACUAGGAACCCUGGUCCUUGAACGGAUCCACCGUAGCACCCACUUGGGCGCCCGACGGCUACAGGAUCUCAUCAGGCAGACUGGACUUAAAAUUAAAAAUGUCUCCGAGAAGACUGAACGACUGGUUGCUGACUGUGCAGUCUGCCAACUCCAUAAUGCCAGCACCCACCCGUCAACCACUGGCAUCCGGGAAAGAGGAAACCAGCCCGGAGCCUACUGGGAAGUGGACUUCACGGAGGUAAAGCCUGGCAAAUAUGGGUAUAAAUAUUUACUGGUGUUUAUAGAUACCUUUUCAGGUUGGACUGAGGCAUUCCCAACCAAGAAAGAGACUGCACAAAUAGUAGCUAAGACUACUAGAAGAGAUCCUGCCCAGGUAUGGCUUUCCAGUUAUGAUAGGGUCCGACAACGGGCCAGCCUUCGUUUCUUAGCCUUACAGCGGACACACGAGACAAUCUGGCCCAAACUAAAAGAGCUAUAUGCAACAGGACCCCCGCCUACUCCACACCAGCUCCGGCCAGGUGACUGGGUCCUUGUCAAACGCCAUCAACAAGAGACCCUAGAACCCAGGUGGAAAGGACCUUACAAGAUCAUCCUGACAACGCCGACGGCCAUCAAGGUGGACAGCAUAGCUGCCUGGAUCCAUUACACCCACGUCAAGCUGGUGGACCCAUUUUCUGACCUCAUCAAGUCCGCUAAAGCUGACGUCACCUGGACAGUGGACCGGAAUAAGGACAAUCCCUUCAAACUGACCUUGCGCCGUACCCUCCCCCAUGAUGACCAAGGUACUGCUGAUAGCCCUAAUAAUAGUCCUAACCCUCAACCCUCGGGCCACGAGGGGAGGACUCGGCCCUUCCCCCGAUAAGAAUACUUUAAUACAACAACUAUAUGGUGCACCCUGCGAGUGCAGGGGAGGUACUAUGGAGACUCCUGAGGUUCCCCGAGGGUAUACUCAUAUGCAGGACUGCGGGGGCAUAACUGCGUAUCUUGUUCAGGAAUAUAAGGGCACCGGGGCCUCUCAAAGCUGGCAAUGCUACCAUAAGCCUAAGCCACU